AUGGAAUUGAACAAUAUCGAAACUUGUGAUAAUGAACAAGUCAAUUCAAAUUCAGAAGAAACAUCAACUAAUCAAUGGAGAUUAAAAUGUUUUCAAAAAAGAAAAUUAAUUUGGAUCAUUAUUUCUAUUGUUCUUCUUAUUUUAAUAAUAAUUAUCCCAAUCAUUGUUAUUAAAACAAAAAAAACCGACGUCAAACAAAUGUCAACAACAGUAAUAACGACGGAAACUUUGACUAAAUUAACAACAGAAGAAACUCGACCAAAAUACAAAAAAUAUAAUCAACAAGGAAUUACUGUUGCUGGAGGAAAUGGAGAAGGAGAUGGAUUAAAUCAACUCUUUGAUCCUAGUAACAUAAUUAUUGAUGAGAACAAAGCUAUUCUUAUUGUUGAUAAAGGGAAUGAUCGUAUUGUUGAAUGGAAAUAUGGAUCGAACAAUGGUCAAAUCAUUGCAGGCGGAAAUAGAACCGGAGAUGAAAAUGAUCAAUUGUGUUAUCUAAUGGAUAUGAUCGAUGAUAAAGAAAAUGAUGCUUUGAUCAUUUUUGAGUUUGGUAAAAAUCGAAUAGUUCGAUGGUUUCGUAAAAAUCAAACCUAUCAUAAAAUUCUCGUUUUUGGUGUUCUACCUAUUCAUCUGGCAAUGGAUAAAAAUGGAUCUAUUUAUAUAUCUGAAAUUGGGCAGAACGAAGUAAGACGUUGGAAAGACGGAGACACAACACAUGGAAUAUUAGUUGCAGGCGGAAAUGGAAAAGGAGAAGAAUCAAAUCAAUUGAAUUCACCCACUCAUUUAUCAUUUGAUGAUGAAGGGAAUCUUUAUGUUGUUGAUCAAUAUAAUCAUCGAAUUCAAAAAUUUCAAAUAUCUUAUGAUUAA